AAUCCAAUCUACGGUGGUUGAAUUGACAUGGCGCCGGAAGUUAGUGAUGGCCUCAUUCGGAUUCAGUCGUUCAAAGCACAAUGUGAUCCCCGAGGCCGUUAGCCCGGUUUCUAAAUGUCCGCCGAGUGACAGCGAGAAUAUCUAUUCUGCGCAUUACGAGUGGUGUAAAGAAGGAGUACAUGGAUCAUCGGCUGACUGGGUAAGUAGUGAAGCAUUGACACCGAGUAUCAUUUCUUCGAAAGGACGAGGUCAAUAUACACACGGUUUUAAGCAGGGCGAGGUGAGAGACGCGUUUCGAGAUAUUAGAGAUGAAAUAAUUGGCGAAGUCAUGACGGAGGGGCUCGACGAAUUUCAAAGAAGAGAUGAGACAAGCCAAAAGUUGACGAAGUCAAUGCGAGCAUGCGGCAAAAUUUCAUUUUCCUUGGACCCUAUAACAGAGAAUAAAUGCGAAUUGGAGAGAGGAGAAGCGGCGUUCAAGAUGUCGAGUUCCGGAUUGUCGCCACCAUUUGAGAAGCAACUAAGUAGCCAAGCUAUUCGCCAGUCUAUUUUGGAAAGCCGCUCAGUGAAAAAAAGAGCAACAGGGCACCAUAAAGAGGUGGGUGCGAAGGCUUCAGAAGCCCAAUGGUUGCUUGUGGACAAGCAAAUACGCUCCAAAUAACUUGCAAGAAUUGGCCGUACAUAAAAAAAAAGUCGAGCAAGUAAGUCAAAUUUUAGUUUCUAUGUUAAUAGCGUGCCGUCGCAGAAGGCAAACAACGAUCUCGCAUGUGGACAGUACCCAGGAAGCGAAGUGCUUGAUUAUCACCGGGCCUUGUGGUGCAGGAAAGACUCAGACAAUUCGACUAUUGGUUGAGAAGAAUUUGAUUAAUAAUCAGACGACAACGGGUAUAGAGAAGUGCCGUACUUUUUUCCAGUGCAGGCUGAUGGAGUAUCAUAGUCCGGUAGAGAUUUCUAUUAAUUCUGUAGGAGAGGCGUACAACCAGGAUGUCAAGGCGACUCAGAAAAGCAAAUUAGAGCCCUUUUUUCAAUUUUUAACUCGUUCAAAAUAUCCAUCUCUUCCUGUACGAUUUGAUCUUCCUUCAUCGUCGGACGACGGAUUGGACAGCGAAAAAUCUGAUUUGCAUACGUGUGUAGAUAAGGUCCUUUUGGUUGAGAAUAUGCCUUAUCUACACGAUUCGAACCAAACACGAAGGUUUCAAGAUUUUAUUCUUUUCUAUUUGUCCAAAUCUGUUCACUAUCCUAUUGUUUUUAUCAUUAGCGAUGACAGAAACUUCAAAGGGCCAAGUCAGCUACGGAGGAUCUUUUCAGAUCACAUCUUAGAGCAUCAAGCGGUCAAAGUCGUCGAGUUUAACCAGGUAUCCCUCACCACAACUCAGAAAAUCCUGACGAAAAUCUGCAAAGCGGAAGGACUGGCGUUUACCAAGGAGUACCUUCUUUCAAUUUCUGAAAUGUGUCAAGGCGAUAUUCGUAAUGCUAUUCUGACAUUACAAUUUGUGAGUAGGAAGACUGUUCUGAAAUCGAUCUCUCUUCCUCCUCCCAGCAAGAAAAAGCGGCAACUGAACCAACCGGAACCUGAGAGCCUCAUCUAUCGAGACGCCAACGAAAAUCCGGCCGCGCAGCUCUAUCACUUCAUCGGCAAAGACCCCACUCUAGCCCUGUUUCACUGCGUCGGAAAGAUCAUGUACAAAAAAAGACUCAAAAAUGAAGAAAUUUCUGAUGCCCGCAUCCCUGCUCGAGAACUGAGCCAGCAUCCUGUUAUUCCGGCCACCAGUCCAUUGUAUCGAUUGCCUCUGAAGGCAAGCCCAGAGGCCAUACAAGAUAUGUACAAAGACUUUCGCGAAUCAGAAACUUUUGUCCAAUUUCUGUACGAGAACUAUGCUCGAUUUGAUCAAAACUUGGAAAGUGUUUGCCUGGCAUCUGACUAUCUCUCUAUAUCUGAUAUUCUGUCCAAAACAUAUGCCGACAAGGCUAGCCUGCAGGAAUACUCAGGGUUGAUUGCUAUGAGAGGAAUCCUGUUUUCCCAUUCUGUACCCAUUCAAAAAAACUACCAGGCAUUCGUGAAACCUCAGUGCUUCGGCGCAUCUCAAAAAAUCAAGGAGAAUACGCAGCUGAUUAGCAGGGCGUACUGGUCAAGACUUGGAAGGCCCUUCGGAUACGCGUUCUCUCGAGAGCAGCUAUGCGGAUUCCCGAGCAAAAAAGCACUGUUCACCGAGCUGGUUCCUUUCCAAGGGGCGAUGUUUAAGGCAAAGUUCGGAAGUGCCGAAGCAAAGAAGAGCUGGGCUCGAGCGGAUUACUUGCUUAUUGAAGAAAUGUGCUGCUACUCUGUACCUUCUCCGCGGCAGGCGCUUUUUCGUUCAGCGCAUCAGGAAAGAGAGGACAUCAGUCGGCCGAGGCAAAUAUUAGAGAACACCCCCUGUACGAGCGAUUCUCUCUGGAAAAUAGAGCAGAGCGACGGCAAGGAAUUGGAUGAGAUAGAAGAUGUUUGAUGUAGCAUGUACAGGAAAAAAUUGUGUGAAGGAUUCGCCGAAAAAAAAGGGAAGAGUUAUGACAUGUAUCGCGGGGGUAGAUAUGGAUAUCUCGGUGACGUGUUUAUUAACUUGGCCUCUAGCUGGUUAAAAGCAGCGGUUGUAUUUUGAAGCUCAGGCGUCGUAAAAGGGUUUACGCAAAAAACAAGCGAAUACAAUGGCCAAAAAUGCUGAAUGGCAGUGGAGAAAAGCCCGUAAAGAGGCGGAACGAUUGGAGUUAACUGGUUUCUUUUAGGCGGUUAAAUUUGGUGCGAUAAGGCACGGAGUACCAGUUCGUAAGUGAGAAACAUGAUUGCGGCGUUAGGUACAACACGAAAUAGAUGUGCGCUCAUUCCGCCAUAUAGUCCAGGAACGCCUUCGGUUCGGUAGAUGAGCAUUAGUCCAUUGAAUACGCCCUUGUAUAUAUUUUUUCCAGGCUCACGCAAUCGAGUUCUAAUGACCUCGUGGGGGUAUGUCAACGCGGAGGCGAUGAGCUUGGACAGGCUCGCUGCCGCUAGGCAUUCAAGUGGGUGCAGAUCAUCUAUUCAGAAAAUUUGCGGAAGCAAAAACGGCGCUGCGUUAGAAGUUUACAGACAUCAAAAAGCUGCGAGAUUCGACGCUUUAAGAAAUUAGGGCGUACCUCUUCCACCGUGUCUUCUUUUAACUAUAUUUCUGAACUUUUCGUACAGAACGAAUUGAAGUGAACUCUCAGAAAUGCCUAAAAAUAAACAGUAAAGUUGUUCACAUAAUUUGGAAUGGUAUUGGAAAAGGCAUAGUACGCCUUUUGGCUAUACAUACCUACGUAAGAUGCGGUCAUUCCCUUAUAGAAUACACGCAGUCCUUCUUGUUUGUAGAUCUUCAGGAUAGCGUCCAACGAAUUUUUGUAUUUCUUUCGCGAAAAAGAGGCACCAACCAAGCAGACAACAAAUUGUAAGUGCCACUUAGGCAAAAAGCGCGCAAUAAAGGGAAAAUGACGUACGACUUCCAACGUCUUGGUCUGCAAUUGCAUGCGCGUCUUGACAAGCCAAAUUGGCUGUGUGGUGGUGACUACGACGGCUCCUGCUGUUACACCGGCUGAAAAGGACGCAGCGGAGCCCUCUGGAUUCAUGCCGAGGUUUUCGAUGUACAGCUGCUUUGAUGUUCCAUAGGUGAAAAAAUAAAUUGCACGAGACGGGACGACGCCGAAAAGGUGUGGCCCCAGUCCACGAUAGAGCCCCUUGAUACCCUCUUCUCGCCUCAGAACACUGCAGUCACGGCGAGCACAACGGUUUCCGGUGAGAAAUAAGCCCAACGACUAAAAUACAUAAAACAGCCCAAGCAGGAUUGUGGACGUACGAGAGCGCGCGAAUGGUCCCAAAUCCAAACUUAAAGCCCGACUGCAAAGACGACUUGUGAUAGCGAGCCUAUAAAUCACAGACCGUUAGAAUGAGUAAAGGUGCGCACAGAAAGCAAUCAACACCCAGGAUAAAAGAAGGAGAAUAUAUGCCAUACUUGUAGACGUGUCUUGACCACUUCUAACGGCGAUGUAAUGACGGCCCCUAGCAUGCCACCAGCUCUGGUUUAGCAUUAUUGAUAAAUUUUGUAAGAGUUGAUAUAGCAGCAAACAUAUUUCAGGUGCAUUCUACCUAAAAGUUGCCUAUACGUAUGUGUAUAUCGCACGUGUGCGUGCAGCAUCGAAUUGUGUCUGUUUGAAUAUUGAAAUGCACGGCCAUACCCUCCUGCAAUUAAAUGAGCCCAAGGGGGAUAAGUUUUGUGAACUAGCUCAUUCUUAUUCUUAGGACGCUCAGUCAUUCGGCUGGUCAAGGUUGAUAACAAUGAGUCCAAUCAACAAUAUAAUAAGAUAGACUAUCGGUCUCUGCAGGGUAAUCUCGUUCUGCUCUGAGAGGAGGUAUCUAUAAAUACGUUGUUAAUAGCGCGUUUGGCCUUAGAAAACUAGUUAGUUCGGAUAUGAGGAAUGAAGGGUUACAAGCGAUCCGAGGAUAAGCCGAGUUUGAAAAAAAGCCGCAUAUCACUCAGGUUGAUGGUAUGCCAUUAUAUAUUUGCUUAUUUGAAUGCACAAGAGAGUCUGCCCUUUGAAAAAUUGACCACGAUCAAAUGCUCCCUAAGCAAAGAAUCCAUUGAUGAUUGAGGAUUACCUCUGAUCGGUCAUUUUGGUGAAAAAACGGACCUCUUAAGAAAUUAGACGCUCAAUGGGCGUGUAUAAGAGCACGUCUAAAUAUCGGGAAAAUCUUUACAUGUUUUAGCAAACAAAAAAAAAA